AUGCGUGACCCCUCGGCCUCGGCCUCUGACCUCUUCAGGCUCUCUGCGCAACGCUCCCUUUCUCGCCUUCAACACUUCCAAUCAGUCCUCACUGGCAAAUCCUCACCGUCAAAAUUGUCCUCAGAGGUUAAAGCGGGUCCCUCUGAGUACCUCAUGAGGGUCGGGAUCGGGACCCCUGCAGAGCCAUAUUGGCUUAUUGCGGACACAGGGAGCGAUCUAACUUGGACUCAAUGCCUCCCUUGUUCCAAUUGCUUUGAACAAAAGGCGCCGAUUUUCGACCCCAAAUCAUCUUCAACCUACCUCUCCCUGAACUGCUCGUCAACCCUCUGCCAAAACCUUAAGAAUAACCGCGAAUGUGGUGGCUCAUCAUGCCAAUACGACUAUCAUUACGGCGACACCUCGGCUACCAGUGGUAAACUUUCAACCGAAACUUUCACCUUUGAAACCCCCCAAUCCACCUUAACAUCCCUUAAAGCUAUCGUUAGUGUUAAUCCGAGUUUCAGUCUCACUACAACUCCUAGUAGUGAUCCCAUAAAAACUAGCACUAGUGCCACUUUUAGUACUGAUCCUGGCACUGGUGCCAAAAUCAACGGGCUUGGGUUCGGGUGCGGCUCCUCAAAUACUGGAAGCUUCGGCACAAAUGGCGAGGCUGGUCUAGUUGGGCUCGGAGGUGGUCCCUUGUCUCUAAACUCUCAGUUAGGGAGCUCAAUUUCGAACAAAUUCUCGUAUUGCCUCGCCUCUAGGCAUGAUACGAACGCGACAAGCGUGUUGAACUUUGGUGAGAACGCGGAUAUCUCAGGCCUGAACGUUUCAAGCACACCGAUAAUAAAUUCCGAGCAGUUUCCGACCUUCUAUUUCUUGGAUCUAACAGACAUUAGUGUCGAUAAACAGAGACUAGGCAUUCCUCCAGGGACGUUUGAUCUAACCGAAACAGGAGAUGGUGGGUUCAUCAUAGAUUCAGGAACCACGCUGACUCUCCUGCCCGCUGUUGCUGUUGAACUACUACUCGACAAAUUCAACGAUAUUGUGGAUUUUCCGUCUAUCAGAAAUCCUCCGAGUCCGUUUGAGAAAUGCUACAAAGUGGCAGAUUACCGUAAGAUCACCGGAUUACCAGAUAUUACAUUCCACUUUUCCGACGAUGCUGACUGGAAUUUGGAACCAAGUAAUUUAUUCUAUCCCUUGCAGGAGGAUGUGAUUUGCUUGGCCAUUGUGACCACUGGUGAUGCUGGUCCUUUCAUUUUCGGAAAUUGGCAACAGCAAAAUAUGGUGGUCGAGUAUGAUCUUGGGGAGAACAGAUUGUCCUUUGCACCUGCUCACUGUAGCCAGUUACAGGGGGCCAUGAUUUAG